AUAGAGUAUUGUAAGCAUAGUUCCUCACCGAUCAAAUCUAAUGACAAAGAAUUCAGUUCAACCCCCUCAAACUUUUUAAUCCCAUUAGCUCCAUAUUGUUAUCCCCACACCCUUGCAUGGUGUGAGUUUGUUGCAGCAGGGCUUCAUAUAUGGGAGAGAGAGAGAGAGAGAGAGAGAGAGAGAGAGAGAGAGAGAGAGCUGUUUGAGCAACUCAAAACAACUCAGUUUCAGAAGAAACAAUGGAGAACACUUCAGCAAAGACCCAUAUAGUGAUGCUCCCAUUCAUGGCUCGGGGCCACAUGAUUCCUUUCUUAGCACUCGCAAAGAAAAUCGAAGAACGAACCCAUUUCACCAUCACCAUUGUCUCCACUCCUCUCAACAUCCAACACCUCAGAGCCACCACAUCCAGAGCAUCUCCCUCAACUAUCAACUUCGCGGAGCUUCCCUUCUGCAGCUCUGACAAUGGCCUCCCACCCAAUUCCGAAAACACAGACUCUCUACACUAUUCCCACAUCAUCACCCUCCUCAAUGCCUCACAGACCCUCCAACCUUCUUUCCACCAUCUCAUCUCCAAUAUGUUCCAACAAGAAGGCCGCACACCUCUCUGCAUCAUCUCUGAUGUCUUCAUGAGUUGGUCUGUAAACGUUGCCAGAAGCUUUGAUAUGCCUCAUUUUACUUUCACCACCUGCGGAGCUUUUGGAACCGCUGCCUAUUUGUCUAUAUGGUUGAACCUCCCUCACCGCAACAUCACCUCUGAUGAAUUCUCAGUCCCGGGCUUCCCUGAAACUCGCAAGUUUCAUCGAUCACAUCUUCAUCCGGGUCUGAGAAACACAGAUGGUUCUGAUAUCUUGUCUAGAUUAAACCAGAAACUGUUUUUGCUUUCUUUUCAAUCUAAUGGGAUGCUUUGUAACACCGUAGAAGAGAUUGAACCUAUGGGGAUUGAUGUAUUGAGAAAGAACACUGGACUCCCUGUUUGGACUAUUGGGCCUCUCCUUCCUCUGUCACUGCUCAAUCGUUCCUCUUCUUCAUCGUCAUCAUCUGCUUUGAGUGAGUCCUUCUCACGUUCAGGAAAGCAACCAGGAAUCUCUGCGGAAAACUGCGUCAAUUGGUUGAAUUCUCAUCCACCAAAUUCAGUUCUGUACAUCUCAUUUGGGUCUCAGAACACAAUCAGCUCUACCCAAAUGAUGGAACUUGCAAUGGGCUUGGAGCUUAGUGGGAAGCCGUUCAUCUGGGUCGUGAGGCCUCCGACUGGGUUCGACAUUGAAGCUGAGUUCAGAGCAGAGUGGUUGCCAGAAGGGUUCGAAGAGCGAGUGAGAAAUAGAAAUCAAGGUAUGGUGGUGCAUAGAUGGGCACCUCAGUUGGAGAUUCUGUCACAUGGAUCGACUGGAGCUUUUUUGAGUCAUUGUGGAUGGAAUUCGACCUUGGAGAGCUUGAGCCAAGGGGUUCCCAUUAUAGGGUGGCCAAUAGCAGGGGAACAAGCUUAUAAUUCAAAGAUGAUGGAAGAAGAGAUGGGUGUGUGUGUGGUUCUGAAUAGGGGAGUGGAGAGUUUGGUUGGGAUAGAAGAGGUGGAGAGGGUUGUCAAGAUGGUGAUGAGCAAGGAAGGAAAAGGGAAGGAGAUGAAGAGGAAAGCUAUGGAGAUUGCAGAAAAGAUCAGGGAUUCAGUGAGAGAAGAUGGAGAUCAGAGGGGGUCUUCUCUCAAGGUACUUGAUGGUUUUCUUGAGACUAUUGUCUGAGUUGAGUUUUUUUCUAAAUUCUAGACAGAAUGUAAUUAACAUAAAGCACACUUCUAUUU